CGUCUUGACACUCUUUACUCUCUCUUACGAUCAACCACAUUCGCAAGCGUCAACAGCAAAGGACGACAUGCGUAUCGCAUUCCCCGGCGGCCGUCUGGCACGAACGGCGCUACGGACAGCAAUAGCAACUCGAUCGCCGUUUUCGAGACCAUCGCCGCUCGUCUGCACUGAGGCUGCAAAGUUAAUUUCCCCCUUCCGCACCCACUCAACAUCCUCAACAUCACCGUCGUCCGCAACAUCUUCGUCAGUCGACGACUCCGAAAUCGCCAAAUUCAACCGCGCCGCCUCCGAAUGGUGGAACCCGCGCGGCGAAUAUGAGCUCCUCCACCGCAUGAACCCUGUUCGCGUGCGGUAUGUCCGGGAUGAAGUGUUCAGAUCCAACCUUCUCAAAUCACAUUCCCCAAAUGCACCCUUCACCGGACUCCGUAUCCUCGACAUUGGCUGUGGCGGCGGGCUCCUCUCCGAAGCCCUAGCACGCUUGGGUGCAACUGUAAUCGGGGCCGACGCGGGGUUCGAGAAUAUUGCGAUUGCGAAACUGCAUGCUCAACAGGACCCCAUGUUGCGAGAUAACCCCACCUAUCUGCACACGACGGCUGAGCAACUAGUUGCUGAUAACGAGAUCUUCGAUAUAGUCUGCGCUCUUGAGAUCAUCGAACACGUCACCAACCCACGCCAGUUCACCCACCUGUGCAGCUCGCUCACCAAACCGGGCGGUUUAGUCUUCUUCUCCACCAUCAACCGCACUGCCCUAUCUUACUUCUUCACAAUUCUUCUCGCGGAGAAUGUUUUGGGGUGGGUGCCACGAGGGACGCACGAACAUGACAAAUAUAUCACGCCGGGGGAGCUGGAGGGUUGGAUGGCGGAGAGUGGGUGUGAGAGUACGGGGAGAGCGAGAGGAUUGGGGUAUGAUGUGGUAGGGAAGAGGUGGAGGAUAUUGGAUGGGGGAGGUUUCGGGGAUCUGGAGAUGAAUUAUAUCGUAGCAGGGAGGAAGACGGUCGAGGAAGAGGCAAGUGGGGAUGUGGAGGCUGACUUCAAAAGAUCACACGAACCCGCCGGACCGGUGCCACAACAACGCACUAUCUAAGAGCUCUGAGGGAGCACCAUGUCUAUGCAGGCAAGCCAUAUUACUCGGACGGCCAACCGAGAGCCUUUCAUCAAUGAAACAUCCUUCGGUUUCCCUGUUUCCCUUAUCCAUAGUGGAUGUAAAUAGUUCGUGCACAUUAGCUCCCAAUGCACAUAAGAAAGUAGCCUAUUUAGACUGAGUAGCGGCAAAGAGAUAAUAACUUACUAUACAUAUGUAUAUCACAUCGGUACGUCCCUGCUGUUGCAAGCGCAACGGAGAAUAGGACGCGUCUGCUAA